UACGUUUGAUCACCAUCACGUUAUGACGUAAUUUCGUAUUACGUAGAGCCGUUUACGCAAAAGAAAUUUGCCGGUAGUAGCACUUUGUUAGACAGUGAACUAGCGGAGCGGUAACGUUAGCGGGCUGUAUCGGAGGCGGGACGGGGGGUGGUGGGUUUUCGAUACCCGGCUCGCAAGGAACCAGAACAGAGAGGGUCCUUCCCUUUUGGAGAUGGCACAGAAUGUGGCAAAGAAUGUAACUGUGACUUCAAUAAAUGUGAACCAUUAUGAGCUGCUGGCAUGGCUCAAUGAAACUUUACAGACUGGCUUUACCAAGAUUGAGCAAGUAUGCACAGGUGCAGCUUAUUGCCAGCUGAUGGACUGCCUGUUUCCUGGUUCCCUGGACCUUUCCAGGGUCCGGUUCCAAAGCAGUAAUAUGGUGGACUCCAUCCACAACUACAGCUUACUACAAGCUGCAUUCAGAACAGUUGGAGUUGUCCGAUACAUCCCCACUGAGGCGCUGAUCAAGAAGAACUCAAUUGUGGCUCUGACCUUCCUGCAGUGGUUUAAACUUUUCUUUGAUAAGAACAACACUGGCAGGGAGUACCAUGCGUUUGAGGCCAGAGAUGGACAGAGUAUGGUUCCUGACUCAGAUUCUCAUCAGAAACUGGAGAUUAUUGUGAAGAUGGAGGGCGGCACAGUGGAAGUACCAAGACAAGAACCAGCCUUGGAGAAAGUGAACAGGAAAGCGGAUGACAUUGUUCUUAUAUCUGAUGAUGAAGAUGAUGUGGUGGAAGUGAAGAUGGAGCAGAAAAUAGAGAUAAUGGAGAUAACAGUGAUGGAAGAGCCUGUAGCGGCACAGGUAAUAAAGAGGGUGGAGCCAGCAGAAGCAGCAGUGGAGAACGAAAUUCAAGAGAGUAGUUCCCACAGCGGUGAGACUUUAUUGCCCUUCAUCAGAAGAUACUGUGGUGAUAGUGUGGACAGCACUCAGGACGAACUAGUUUCUGGCCUUUCAGUUCCUCCCGGCUUGAGUCCAGUCCACCCCAAAGACAUCGUUCAGGCUUGCCGUCGAACGCCAUACUGCCUCUACUUGUAUGUGGGUGUAGAGCUGGGGGAAGGAAAGAGCACAAGUGUUGUCCUGAUUGGCUACUUUGACCAGAGCUCAGGGAUCAGCGUGGUGAGGCUGCUGCAAACUCUGCAGAUGAGUGUCGAUACUUUUCAUCCACAAACCGCCGCAAACACUACCUCACACACACGUGAUGCAGAUGCUGAUGCACGCCUCUUGAUCAGUAUGUUAAAGGGAUUAGGCAUUACUCUGUCCAACCUCGCCACGUUUUACUGCAACGCACCACACCCUGCGGUGAGUCAGGUGUUUGCGUCCCAGCUCCAAGCCUUCAGCCCCAGGUUGGUGUCUCUCUGCGGCCUCCCUGGGAUUGCAGAAAGAACCUGCAAGGCUGGACUCUUGCCCACCUUUCAUCAUUGCGUGAGCAACCUUAUUGGCGACAUCCACCAACACUACUCCAUCUGCUCCUCCGUCAAUGACAAUCUGAAAGAGCUAUUUGCUGAUGCUGAGUCCUUUAAUCCAGCCCAGCCUCUUUCUGCACAGUGUCCAUUUAUCAUCAGGACGGUGCAGAAGAUGGUGAGCUGCUGGAGGGAUUUAGCAGAAUAUUUUAAAUCACUGAUGCCAGCAGAGGCUGCUCACCGGAUCAGAAACCAGCUGAUGGAUCAUAAAGUCAAGCUGUACUUCCUGUUUCUCUCCCACGCUCUGGAGCCCCUUCGAGCUCUCCAAGAACUGCAGCAGCACGGCUCGAUGGACGUGGCCGCAGAGCUCCAGCUCACCUCUGAGCUGGUUCGCUCCUACGCAGCCAGUCGCCUCCGGCCCUCCGUCAUUGAGAGCUUUCUCAGGAAGCGGGACCUUCAGGUCCUCCGCAACAAGAAUGAGCUGCUCCCCAAAAAGGAGGUGGAUGUAGGCCCCCGUGCGAAAGAUUUCUUGUGGGCCACCGCUGUCAUUGAUCUGGGAGAACAUGAGAGGAGCCGCUUCAUGAACUAUGCAGCAGAUUUCUAUAAAGCAGCACUGCAGAGUUUAGUGGAAUGUAUUCCUCAUCAGCUGGGAGACAUGGCCCUGAAGAAUAUCAACGAAGUCCUGAAACAUCCUGAAAACAUUGAUGGUCCUCGUUCCACACACCUGCUGUCCGAGUUGGGGCUUCAGUUGGGUCUGUGUGACACUGGGUCUUCAGAAAUAAAUCAACUUGCAUCUGACUACCUCACUGUCGUUAACAUUGUAAAAGAGGAACUGACCAGAGGAACAGAAGAAGGGCCCUGCUGGGCAAAGGUGUUGUGUGGAAUUAGACCAAACUGUCUUCUGUAUAGACUCCUCGUCACCCUUCUGGCCCUGCCGAGCUCCCUGUGCAGUAAACAGGUGUUUUCUACGGCAUUCAGCAGCAUCAAGGCUCAAACCUCCAGAGCUACACUUCAACCAGGCAGGUGGACAGGAAGACCCCGCAUGCGGAGAAGGACACUACCUGUCCAGGCAGUUAAUGAUGACAAUAUGAGUGAAGAGGAGGAUGAAGACACUUCCACAGACAAUAGUGAAGAUGUGGAUGAAUCGGACCCCACAGAACAUUCCUCAGAUGUGCUGGAUGACGACCAGAUACCACAAAUUUCUCGGAACAACAGAUUUAUCAACUCAGAAUGUCAAAGUCCUCCACCAGCAGAGUCUGUGUACAUCGUGAGCAGUGAUGAAGAUACUUGCACAGAAUCAGUGAACAGAACACCCUCCACAGCACUGCUGGGUGCACCUGGGGAGCUGGUCUGGGGUCAGGUGGAGGGCUUCUCUCCAUGGCCGGGCAUCAUCGUACCCUGCAGUGGAGAGGAUACAUUUCCAGAGAAGAGGAUGGUGGAGUGGUACGGCCAGAGAGUGUCCUCUCAGGUCAGUUUGAAAGCCCUGAAACCAUUUGCUGCCUUCACCGAACACUUCUGUUCCAAAUCCUUCGCCAUCCUUGUGACCUACCGAGAAGCCAUCUUCCUGUCCCUGCAGGAGGCAGCUGUACGGUGUGAGAAGCAGUUUUCUGCAUCUCUGGAGGACAGAGACGACCUUCUGAAACGACUAUUAAACUGGGCCUUUGAAGGCUUCCAGCCCAACGGGCCAAACGCACUCAAACCAUCGGAUAACAAAAAUGGUUUUACACAUGACAAACCAAAGGCAAAGAAAAAGCUCUUCCUGAAACCCAACUCCUCUAAGUCUGUCAGCUCCUCCAGCCCGAUGAGCAGCAAGAGCAGUGUCUUCAGCUCUGAGCUGACAGACGUGGCCGUCUCCAUGAACAGACUGACGUGCAACUCCACAGGGAGGUCCUUCCACAAAGGUGGAGGUGGAAAAACUACAUGGGAUGGAAAUGUGAAAGGGGUCAUGAAGGGAUCCAGAGGAGGAUAUUCUGCAGAGAAGGGGAGACAAGGGAAGGGAGGAUGGGAUGAAGAGAAGGAUGAGUCAGAAGGAGGAUGGGAGAAAGGGAAAUCAGGAUGGGGAAAAGGGAAAAGUAAGGGAGGGUGGAAAGGAGGGAAGGUUCAGAAGAAGAAGAGCAGCUUGAUUGAUGGAUUCAAUGACGACAUGUCACCAGACUUUGUGCCACACAAGAGGAGGCCCUACACCAAAUCUUACAAUAAGGUGACCAGCGUCUACACCCAGCCGGACCAGAAACUCAGAGAGGAGACCAUCAGCAACAUCAUGGACGAGAAACUGGACAUUGAAGGCUUCUGUUUGUGUUGUGGAACUGAAAACGUUGAGAUUUUCCACCCUCUGUUCAAAGGCAGCCUCUGUCUGAAGUGCAAAAACAACUUUGCAGAAACUCUGUAUCGUUACGAUGAAGAUGGAUACCAGUCCUACUGCACCAUCUGCUGCUAUGGAAUGGAGGUCAUACUGUGUGGCAAAGACAGCUGCUGCAGAUCUUACUGUGGGGACUGUCUGAACAUCCUCGUCGGUCCGGGGACGUUUGAUGCAUUGAAGCUGGUGGAACCGUGGAUCUGCUUCAUGUGUCAGCCUCAUCGACCUCACGGCGCCCUGGUUCCCAGAGAGGACUGGAGCAUUCGUGUUCAGGCGCUAUUCGCCAACGACAGCGCCAUGGCGUUUGAGCCACAUCGUGUUUACCCGUCCAUCCCCGCCAACCUGCGCAGACCACUCCGAGUUCUGUCGCUGUUCGAUGGCAUAGCAACAGGCUACCUGGUGCUGAAGGAGCUCGGCUUCAAAGUAGAGAAGUAUGUUGCCUCUGAGGUCUGCGAGGAUUCGAUUGCUGUGGCGGUCAUCAACCAUGAUGCGAAGAUCAACCAUGUUGGUGACGCUCGCCUCAUCACAGAGGAGCACCUCGAGCAGUGGGGUCCGUUUGAUCUGCUGAUCGGUGGCAGCCCCUGUAAUGACCUCUCCAUCGUCAACCCUUUGAGAAAAGGCCUCUACGUAGAGGGCACCGGCAGGCUGUUCUUUGAGUACUACCGCAUCCUCCAGCUGCUGAAGCCCAAAGAAGAAGACCCCAGGCCGUUCUUCUGGCUGUUCGAGAACGUGGUCUUCAUGAACACACAUGACAAAGUCAACAUCUGCCGCUUCCUCGAGUGCAACCCGGUGCUGGUGGAUGCAGUCAAAGUCAGUCCUGCACACAGAGCUCGCAGCUUCUGGGGAAACAUCCCGGGGAUGGGAAGGCCCAUCACAGCCUCCCAGAAUGACAAGCUGAGUCUCCAGGAAUGUUUAGAGAUCGGAAGAGAAGCCAGGGUCACGAAGGUGAGGACGAUCACCACCAACCCAAACUCUCUGAAGCAGGGCAAAAAUGUGUCUGUGCUGCCUGUCCUCCAGAAUGGCCAAGAGGACAACCUCUGGAUCACUGAGCUGGAGAGAAUCUUUGGUUUCCCCAAACAUUACACCGACGUGAGGAACAUGAACCGGCAGCAGAGACAGAAGGUUCUGGGGAAGGCCUGGAGUGUCCCGGUCAUCCGUCACCUCUUCGCUCCCCUCAAGGACUAUUUUACCUGUGAGGAGCUGCCUCCUAUGACCAGCUGCACCUCUCCGCCCUCCCCUGCCUCUUCAGAAGAACAGCAACUGAGAUAAGAGAAGUUGAUUAUGUUUUCUACAGCGUACUACAGACUGCUUUAUAUCUGCACACGUGCUUUAUUAGAACAACAUGGAGCAUGAAGGAUCUAUGCAGUCUCCUACGUUGACAAAGCCAGCUCACAGACAGGCUACUGUGCAUCCCUGCCACACAAAUCUGCAUCAUGUCACACAUGAAAUUUAUGCGCACAACAGUCACUUUGGCGUCCUCUGGUUGUUGGCUUUGCUUCCUGAAACUCUGCGCCUGUUGGAGAGUAAAGACAGGUGACAAGAGGAAAAGAGUUUAAAGUUAAUACUUCCUUUUUUCCGACAAAGGUUCAGUGACUGGCAGUGGUGCUAAAGUGGCCAGAAACCAGCAACACAUUUCAGUUUGGAAGGUUGAAAUUCCCAGUUGAAAAGCAGAUGCAGAGUGUCAUGAAGGGUAAUAUAUUAUUUUACUUUUUUAGACUUUCAUCUGGUUCAUUCUGUGCAAGAAACUGCAGGAGGAGAGUCUGUGCUGGUGUAAAUGGUGCUGGAUGAUGAUGUAAUAUCAAAUUCUGCUGAUUUUCCUCCGGCGCUGUUUUGUGGAAAAUGUCUUGGAGAUUUUUAAACAUUUUUUAAUAGAUCAAUAUGUUCAUAUGGCUGCAGAUAAAAAUACAGUUUUUAAGUCUGUCAUUCCAAAUAUGACACAUUCAGAAUUUGAUACAAGAUGUCUGAGCAACAUAUUCCAUUGUAUAAUCCUAACUGGGCUUUAUUACAAAUGUAGUGUUUUCUGAUAAAGAGAUGAAACCACAUUUCUGGUUGGAGGGAGAAAUGUGCCUACUUUUAAUCUUAAUGAAAAGUUUGGAUAUCAACAGGUUUUUGGGUUUGCAUUUAUGAUGCAACAGUUACCUCCUCACGAUCCGUCCAUAGUGCUAAAACAGGACAGAAUGCACAACUGCAUGUAAACGGGAAUAUGAGUGUAAUUUGCAUUGUUUAUUGAGAGGUAAACAGCUUAGUUGGAAUAUCGUCUUUUCCAGAAUAAGCACAAACACCAGAAUAGUGUGUGCAUGUAAACAUUGACACUGUUACAUUGGAAUAUUUUUUUAAUAUUUGGAGUUACAAAGUCUGAAUCAUGUUGAACUUCACAAUUAGAUUAACAUCAACUGUAACUUUAUGUAUUUUGUACAAGCAUUUAAUUUCUCUUCUAUUCCUUUUACCAAAACUAACUGUUGUGUGAAUGUUGAGUACUCAGUUAUUUGAGAGGAAACAAGGUUUUUAGCUCACUAUUUUGUUUCAUCUUAGCUUUAUUUACAUUUAAACGGCAGAAAAUGUAUGUAUUUGGAUGUAUGUAUAUGUAUUGAACUGUAUUGAAUGGAAUUACAUGUGUUUGUGCUCACGUGCACUGCCACUUUUACAAACAGCUGGGAAUGACACAAACACCUCAAGACUCUUUAUGCUGCUUAAUGAUCAUCUGUAUCAUGUUUUACUUCAGAGAAACUGUGAAUGUUAAUGUUAAGUGACAUGAGUUGGAAAAACUCAGAUCUGAUCUCUGUAAGGUUUUACUUUUACUUUUACACAGAAGAACACAAGUAAUUUUUUCUUUGUCAAUUAAUUUUGAAUCAUUUAAUGUCAAAUAAGUGUUUUUUAACACAAUGAUUUCUGUCAUUUUUAUUGUUAUUUAGUUGUAUUUUGUAGAAGACAUUAUUGUUCAAUGCACAAAAAUGAUGGAAUUUACACUAAAUGUUUGUAAAUACUAAUUAUGUGAUCUGUUUUGAUGAUUGUAUCAUACAUUUUUUUAAUAACAGUUUGUGGUCAAGAGCUUUAAAUUGGGUUGUACAGUUUUAAUGCACAUUAACUGUGUGACCAUAACAUGAUCGUUCGCCCACGAUCAUAGUUUCUGUACUGUUUUUUAAAAAUUUAUUUUAAUGAGGGACAUACAAUUUUUGGAAAAUGAAUCUUUAAACAUACAAUUUUGCUUUUUAUUGACUCUUUUUGUCUCUGUUGUCAAUGCAUAUUGUAUAUUUAUCCAAGUGACAAAUUGAAAAUGAGAGACAUUUUUUACUUGUUGACAAGAUCAAUUAAAGAAAAGAAUUCUGAUCCAAAAGA